CUGCAUGAUUUGCGAAAAUUGCAUUCGACAGCUUCGUAAUACACAACGAUUUCGCGCUUUAGUUCUAUCAGCUUUCGCCAGUGCGCCGAGUGAAUAUUCAACACGUCACUCGCAAAUGAGCGGCAGGGGAAGCUGUAGACGUAAAAUAAAGAACAAGAAACGUUCAACCGUAGAGCUGUCAAAGAAAACAACAAAGAUGUCCAUAAACAAGCGGCGAUCUAGGAAGUCUUUUUCAAAUAAUAUCACCGAAAUGAAGAGGACCAAUAUCGCUUGUUCUAUGUGUAAACAGAGGUACCCAAUGAUACUACCAGUGAACGAAUCGCACCUAUUCAUUUGCUCUCGAUGCAAGCAGAAGAGUGCACCAAGUAACAGGGUCUGCAGGAAGUGUAACAUGAUCAUGCCUUCAAAUAUGUUACGGGAACACUUAGAAAUGCAUGCGAAACCGGAAUUACGGGGUAAAAGCAGACUUUGUACGCUUCCGAAAAAGUCAACACAAAUUUUAAGAACGGAAAGCCGUUUGACGCAACUAAAACACUAUUGCACGCUAUGUCCCAAAAAAUAUGCAAAUGCACAGCAUCUGGCAACACACAUGCAGACGGACCAUAGAAAACAAGAUUAUCUAUGCGCAGUCUGUGGUAAGAAUUACAAAACGCGGGAAAUGCUUGACAGGCACAUGAGGAUGCACACGGGCCAGCCGAUUUAUCAAUGUGACAUUUGCUUGAGAUAUUUCAAGGGUAAACGAAAUUUUCAGUCGCACUAUUUAACGCAUGAAAGAUAGU